GAUUUAGGUACUUAAGAGAACACUAUAUUGGCACCGUGUUCACUUGGAGUCCAGAUUUGCGAGAAGCCACACCCUUCAGAAUUUGCGUUACCGAUAAAACAUAAAAAUGAAAUUCAUCAUAACCCUCACUUUCUCCCUGUUGGCAGUUGCAUCUGCAUCGCCAAUACAAAAUCUGUCCAUUUGUAGCAAGUCCGAGUAUGGCCAGAAAGUUCAUCCUGAUUGCACCAAGUUUUUUGUCUGUAAUAAUGGGUUCGUUACGGAGCAGAGUUGUUCCCGAAGCUUGUACUACAAUGGACAAACAUGUGACUAUGCUUGGAAUGUUCCCGAAUGCGUGGAUGGUGUUCGAGUCCCACCCACCAAUGAAGAAGAACCUGUUGACCCAGUUGACCCCGCUCCAGUUGACCCAGCCCCAGUUGACCCCGCUCCAGUUGACCCAGCCCCAGUUGACCCCGCUCCAGUUGACCCCGCCCCAGUUGACCCUGCUCCAGUUGACCCUGAGCCUGAAGCUCCAGAACAACCUGCCCCAGUAGAACCAAUUGGAGAUGGGCAAUGUCCAGAUGCGCCCUACUAUUACCUGGCCACUAGCACGUCCAACACUUUCCUCAUCUGUCUUAGAGGUCAACUUAGCGGUACUGGAAAGUGUGGCGAAGGUCUCGUUUUCAGUGAGGCCAAUCAAUACUGUCACCGUCAGUAAUGCAAAAAAAUCUAAAUAUGUGUGUGUGCAUAUGUAUCAUUUAAAUAUACAAUUUUAAUUUGAUGAAUUUUCAUUCCAUCCAAUAAAGUAUUACAUUGUAUGUUUACAGCA